AUGAAACGACAUAUUAAAUGUUGUGCGAAAGAAGAACAGGAUCGACUUUCAACUGAAAAUGUAUUGGAGGUCAGUGAUCACUGUGUUGAUUACUACGAUCAAACAAAGCGCAAUGACGGAGUCGGUGCCUGGUCGAAAGAAGCACAUAUUUACAGGAAUGAACUUUGCACCAAGGGACAACUGUCCAGGAAAAUAAUUUCGUAUCAGAGAAGAGAGUGUGCAGAGAAUAAAUGUGACGUCAUAUCGCAAUCUCAGCACUACAACGACCCUAAACUGUUCAUUGAACAAUAAAGAAGUGACAGACUGCGCCGCUUGACCUGUCACACACAUAUCCCCACACAUCUGGGGGCAUGGGUGGUGCUGAAAAGCUGCGAGGAAGAGCCCCUCGAUUUUACCAUGCCACCAAUCAGAGGUAAAAACAACAGCGCUACUGGAGACGACUUGGAGCAACAAUAUGCAUUUAUAUCUGAAAAAAUAGAAAAGUUUUCCAAUUACAAACAGACGGAUGGAUGUAAAAAGCUAUCUUCUGCAUGGUAAGCAAACGGCUACAAUCAGUCUGAUGAUGUGAACUUUUAGAGGCAUGCUCAAAAAUGAUAUUUCCAAUAGGCUACACUUUAUUCUAGAAACUCUGGAAUACAUAUGAUAGACAAAAGACAAAUGUACAUUUCACACCAAAAUUGAUAUGAUUCUAUUCUAUUCUAUUAUGUCUAGUUUUGGUUGAUACAGAUUAUAGCCAGUGAAGUCUGUCCAUGCGAAAUCUUAUGUAAGGUUUAAUAAAAGACGCCACUGUUACUCAGUCCAGGAAAAACUCUGAUUUCCCAACAGUGUUGAAGAUGAUGGAAUGCUCUGUUUUACCUGCAACGCUAUGCUAAGGUCAUUUCAAGUGAGUUAACCUACAUCUAAGUUUUUCCUUCCCAGUUUACUUCCACACUAAAAUGAUUCAUAUUACUCAACAACACUGAAUGCUCUGUAGAACCAUGAGAUUGAAUCUGGAGACCUUGAUUGCGUCCCAAAUGGUACCAUAUUCCUAUACGUACCCCUUAUCUCUUUUUCCAUUCAUCUCAGAAUUGUGGCAAAAGGAGCUGGCCUACUAUGAGCCAAUUGGCACAGUCUACUCACCUAUCAACAACAUGGACAUCAAGCUGCUGACCGUGCAACAAACACACACCUCAUUGGACGCCUUGCGGAGGAACCAGCGACUUAGGAGCAGCGCUGUCAUCAGGAGGCACCCACGAGCCUAUAAGAGUGCCACCUUAGGGGACAUCUCCCUGUCAACAUUCAAAAAUAAUGUGGUGUGGUGUAACGGCUAUCGAGAGACCUCUUCCAUGCAGGCCCCCACUCUCCCUGAUGUUCCCAGUUCUUCAUCAAAGAAAGGAAACAAUAUGGCUAAUCCAUUUAGGGUCAAAGGGUUGAGAAGGCCCCCUCCAAGUCAGAAGUAAGUCCUGCAUGGACAAUGCCAGAGUUAAAAAAUGAGCUCUUAAAGUCACGCUCUAAACUGUUCCUAAACUGUUCCUAAUAGCACAUCAGUUGACUUAUUGACUGACUGAUUGAUUGAUUUGUCUAUUAUGUGGUUUAUGUGGGGGAACCUAGAUCUUCAGUUUUAUGAGAACAGAAGUUAUGUGCAGGAUGAUUAUGUCUGUCUGUCUGGUACAUUGCAGUGGGACCAGGCUUGGCCGGUCCGUUCCCAAGUCAUCUCCUCCCUGGGGGAGAUCCAUCACCCCAGGCACCCAGCUCUCCUCCACCACCCCCCUACCUCCAUCGCACCCCUGGAAGUCCAGCUCUACAUGCUACCUGACCCCUCCACAGUUGGCACCCACUAAGCCCCUGGUGGUCCAGCAGAGGAAAAAGAGGUCAGUCAUCUCAAUGCAAAGUAACAGCCAGACUAUGACCUGAUAACCAGGGUUGGGGAUCAAGGCUAUUUCAAUCAUGUUGAUUCAGAAAAUCAAAAAUUGAGAUUUAAUUCAGGAACACCUGAAGACAUUAGAAGACAUUAUGAUCCGGUUGUAAUGCAUUGUAACUUGUCAUAAGUAUGUAUGACCCCCUUAUAAUAUCUUAUUAUCAUUUCACAAUGAUUGUGACUAAAUAACAGCUAUUUGUGAGUAUUAAAGCAUUAUAGAUUGCAUUGACAUUGUGGAUGACUUUAUGUUGUAUUGUAUUAACCUGAAUGUCUUUCUCUCCACAGAUGGUGCCCUCUCCAAGACUGUGAGACGGUUGGCUUUGCAGAGAUUUUGUUGAAACAGAGGAUAAUGGUAUUACAAUAAAUGCAGUUCAAUGUUCUAUUCUAAUUUGUAUCAUAGAGCCUCUUUGCUCUUUGUCCUGAAAGUAAUACAUAAGAAAAGUUAUAAUCGUGUUUUAUUGUGAAAUGUAUUACCUUCUAUGUACUGUAUAAUUAAUUUCCCUAUGAAAAAUGUAAAUGUAAAUGUAAAAAAAAAAACAGGUGCACUGCCAACUUUAUCCAUCACCACUAGGGGGCAGCGAUGACUGUUACUCAAGUUUUGGAUUGUGAAUUACAGUAGUAGGUAACAAGAACUUCCACUUGUUUCCCUCAAUUCUGAGGCGUAGAUGUGGAGAUUAGUAACUCAACAUUUGUUUUGAUAUUUAGAUUUCCAAAGAGAAUGGAUCAAAUAUGGAACAGAAGAUUUGCAUUUAUUUAAACUGGAGAAUGGUGUGAAAACGUACCAAUCACAGUAUACUGAUGAAUGGUGAACCUGAUUUCUAUGUUGGCAUAACAGUACUGCACUGUAUUGGUCAUUGAGUUUACAGUUGACAAGUGUCUACUGAAUUAUAUCAGCACAUAAAUAAAAUAAAGAUGGUCUACAAUAUAAGAUUGCGACAGAAUCUCAGGUUACCAAAAUUGCUCACGCUUUUCAAAUGAGUAAACCAGAGCCAAUCACUGACCCAGAUCAGAGCUGUGGAUCAUGGAAAAAUUUAUUUGUAAUUGAUGAGUCAACUGCUCUGCUGCUGGCCACUUGGUCACCGAGCCAGGUCUCACUUGUCACGGGCCUAAAUAUAGCCAGUGGCUGUUAACUGAUAGCACUGACAUUAUAUCUACUUACAGAGACACCUAGAGGAAACAGAGGUCUUUUUGGUCCCACCGUGCAAACCAUUGGGACCAGAUUCCACCCUUGUGCCCUGUUCAAAAAUGUGCGCAAGAUUUGUCUGGAAGGAUCUGUAAUGGCAGAAAAGGUUCUCAAAAAUCACCUUCAAUUCCAAUUUUUCGUGUUAGUCUCUGAUUAUAUAAAAAAUCUCUCUCUCUCUCUCUCUCUCUCUCUCUCUCUCUCUCUCUCUCUCUCUCUCUCUCUCUCUCUCUCUCUCUCUCUCUCUCUCUCUCUCUCUCUCUCUCUCUCUCUCUCUCUCUCUCUCUCAAUUCAAUUCAAUUUCAAUUUAAGGGCUUUAUUGGCAUGGGAAACGUGUGUUAACAUUGCCAAAGCAAGUGAAGUCUCUCUCUCUCUCUCACACUCACUCUCUAUCUAUCUGUCUCAAUAUGGUUUAAAAUAACAAGGCUAUGUAUGCACAAACAAAUAAUAAAAUAAUAAAGACAAAAUCUUGGAAAGGUUUAUAGUUAAAUGAUAGCCAUAAUCCAAUGUGAUCUCCUGUAUCAGACAAACUGCAGGCUCUCUCUAUGCUAGCAGCAACUUGACCAGAGACCUACACCUGUCAUGGUGGCCUUACACCUGUCAAGUCCCCCUGCAGCUGAGCUCACACACACCACAGCUGGGACUCGGUGACAUGCCCAUGAAACAGCACCUUCCCAUGGAUGUUGUAGUCCUUUAAGUGGCCAUAAUGUAGUCAGCCUCAAAACCUUAAUGACUUGGAGAAGAUCUGCAAAGAGGAGUGGGACAAAAUCCCUCCUGAGAUGUGUGCAAACCUGGUGGCCAACUACAAGAAACGUCUGACCUCUGUGAUUACCAACAAGGGUUUUGCCACCAAGUACUAAGUCAUGUUUUGCAGAGGGGUCAAAUACUUAUUUCCCUCAUUAAAAUGCAAAUCAAUUUAUAACAUUUUUGACAUGGGGUUUUUCUGGAUUUUUGUUGUUGUUAUUCUGUCUCUCACUGUUCAAAUAAACCUACCAUUAAAAUUAUAGACUGAUCAUGUCUUUGUCAGUGGGCAAACGUACAAAAUCAGCAGGGGAUCAAAUACUUUUUUCCCUCACUGUAGAUAGGCAAGCUACUCAUCAAUACAGACAACUCCCUUAUGUUGUUUUCACAUAUAGACAUCCUGAUGUAUUGGUCUAUCUUGUGAGACAACAUUUUAAAGGGAAAUUUGAGGUACAUACAGUAAUAUUUUAGCUUGGGUAUCCUUUUGGCAGGGGUAUCAUAUUAUAUCACACUUACCAAUUAAAGUGAAUUUAAUCAUUACAGUAGCGGCCAUCACUUGACCAGUGCCCCUGACCCAGCAUAGACGUUCCACUCCAGGGCUGGACAGACAGAGGAGUGUGUGGGCCGUACCAUUCUGAGGCUGGUCAAAGGGGUGUUUGGCCGUGCCACAGCAGCUGAGGCUCAGGCAUGGCCUGACUCGAGCGACCUGACGCCAGACUUGAUUGGUUCCCACAGCUGUGGGGCUAUUUAA